ACCCGGACAUAGCGAAGUGAUAGCCCGAGUCUCAGCCCUGAUCAAUAUCUUAUCCCUAGAUACCACUGAUUCACUUCAACGCCAUCUUGGGGUUGUUAAGUCCGAUCAUAAUAUUUAUGUUGUCUUUUUUUUUUAUUUUGACUAAAUCCGAUUAUGACGUGAUUUUGACCAGAUUUGUUGAAGUUCCGUUUCUUGUUUGACAUUUAAACUGGGAGUUACACAGCAGGGUACUGGUGUCUGGGACUUACAUAACACAGCACAAUGUGUCGCUGGGGAUGUGCUUUACCCAAUACGACCUACAUGUGUAAAUGGUGCGGCACACGUUACUGUAAAGAAUGUCUGAAAGGGGAAUUUACAGGGGAAAUGAAAGAACCCAACAAAUGCCGUGUGUGUAACCAGGUUCGUUGUCAAGGUCUAAGAGUGGAAUACGUUCCCAGACCAAAGACUGAGGAAGAUGACAAAAAGCGGAGUAAAUCAGCGCCCCCUAGCAGGGGACGCUCAACAAAGAGCGCCAAAUCCUCCAAAUCCAAGAGCGCCAAAUCUGGGAAGAAAUCGGGGAAAAAGAAAAAGAAGAAAUAAAUAUUUUAUCACAUUUUAACCCAUGGAAGUAAUAAUAUUAGAUAUUCAUUAUAACUUAAAGCUGGCUUAGUUAGGAUAGGGUACUACCUUAUUAUCAGUUAACAUCCACAAGCUCGACCUGUAAUGGCCUCAUUAGACUGCCUCAUCCUAACAUUAAUGUGUAUAUACUUACUGCAGCAAUAUGAAUUUGUUAUAUAUUAUUUGUUAUAUAUUUACAUGUCUAAAUUUGUUACAAAUAAACUGUGUAAACACA